UUGGCGGCCAGUACGGCGGUGGCGGUGGCGGCGUCGGCGGCCGAGACGCGGGGAUGGCGGGCGCCGGGGGCGAAGCCCGGUUCGCCGGGUUGUCGCUGAUGCAGCUCAACGAGCUGCUGGAGGACGAGGGGCAGCUCACAGAGAUGGUGCAGAAGAUGGAGGAGACGCAGAACGUGCAGCUUAACAAAGAAAUGACGCUGGCCAGCAACCGGAGCCUGGCAGAAGGAAACCUUCUCUACCAGCCCCAGCUGGACGCUCUGAAAGCACGUUUGACCCAAAAAUACCAGGAACUCCAGGUGCUCUUUGAAGCCUAUCAGAUAAAGAAGACUGAACUAGAUAAACAGUCGAGCAGCGCUUCCUUGGAGACCCUGUUAGCGCUUCUGCAGGCGGAAGGGGCCAAGAUCGAGGAAGACUCCGAGAACAUGGCAGAGACGUUUCUCGAUGGAGAGCUUCCUCUGGACUCCUUCAUCGACGUCUAUCAGAGCAAGCGGAAACUGGCCCACAUGCGCAGAGUUAAAAUCGAGAAGCUCCAGGAGAUGGUGCUGAAGGGGCAGAGACUGCCGCAGGCCCCGGCGCCGGCCCCGCUGCCGCCCAGGGUGCCCGAGGCGGCGCCCGCCGCCCCCCUGCCCUACCCCGCCCCCGAGGCCAGCGGGGCCCCCUCCGUCGUGCCUCGGCGCCUCCCGCCCCCGGUGCCCGCAGGACGCUUAGCCACACCGUUCGCCGCCGCCGUGGGCCCAGGACAGGCCGUCCCGUACCCAGUAGCACAGUGCCCGCCCCUCCCAUACCCAGUCGCACAGUGCCCGCCCCUGCCCCCGCGCGGGGGCCUCCCCGCCCAGCAAGGCUUCUCCUCGCAGCAGUUUGUGUCGCCACCGUACCCACCAGCGCUGCCCCAGAGACCCCCGCCCCGGCUGCCCCCGCACCAGCCAGGCUUCAUCCUCCAGUGAGCGGCCCUCGUCCUUCCCGUGAGACUCCCUCGCCGGCACCUGCUGGCCGGGGCUCCGCGCACACGGAUGGAGGCUGUGAGCACAGCUGCUCUGCCGAGGGCUCUGGUGCUCGGGCCAGGGCGUCCAUCUGGUUUUUAGAGCCGUAGGUCAGUGGUAAGUAGAUGUAGGACCCUGGUUUAUGGACCCCUAGGCGGCUGUGUGCUGGGCCUCAGCCUGGCAUCCCCGUGAUCAUGCUGGUUGGUGUUCUCAGUGUGAUUCCUCAGUCUGGUGUUGAAUUCGUGAUUUUGGGAAAAAAGCCCCCCCCCCCCCCCCCGCCCCGUUCCCUUGUAGGAUUGUGGUCCUCCUGCGGCAGCUGUAUUUAAUAAGCAUGGUUCAUCAUUUCUGCUUUACUUCCAAGAUGGUUCUGCGUGUCCCAGCCCAACACCCACCGCAGACCCUGGUGGGGGUCGGUCGGGUGGGGCAGCCCAGAAGGUGCUCACUGAACCUGUGGGGGGGGGUCCUCACAGUCCCUCCCUCCCCCGAACCUUGAUGCUUCAGAGCCACCCUCGGAGUUUGCGCUUGGCCCACUGCCACGUCCAGAGGCCGGGCGGGUUGUGGCUGGGUGAGGAGGUGGCUGUGAGCUGGACUUUGCACAGCAAGUGACGUCCCCAGCUCCUCCUCCUCUGCCUCAAGCCAGCCUGAGGGUGUCUAUGAAGAAAUACUCCUCCAAUAUUUUUACUGUGUGUGUGAUUUUCCUGUUUUAUAUUGGGAAAGAAAACUUUUUUGCCACUCACAAGACCAUUCAGGGAAACUUUAUGAAACAUGCACAUGUUGUUCUGAGCAGGUCGAGAUGCAGAUGAAAUGAAUGCAAUUUCCUUUCUUGCAAGCAGUGCACGGUCGCACCUGCGGGGGCCCGUGCUGUGCCUUAGCUUCCCUGGUGCUGGGAGGGGCGGCCGGGCUGCGGGGCAGCGUCACCCGCAGCUGCUGCCCCGGAGGCUGUGUUCCCAGAGGGGCUUGUCUGCAUUCGUUGUCGUGUGGCAGGUGGAAGAAAAGUCCGCCAACCUUGCACCAGGAUACUUAGCCAAUACUCUCUGCCUCUGGCUGGGUGUUGGGGCAGGGGUGCGACAGAGGGAUGCCAGCAGCCUCUCAGCUUGGCCUGGAGGAAGCCUGCCCCUCGGUUAGGGAGGUGCAGACAAGCGCUGAUGCUGUGGCAGCACCUGGGACUCUCCUGGCCCUCUGGGUUCUCCUCUCCACGUGCCACGUGUGCCGGGUUCCCAGGGCCCAGCUGGGGCGGAGUGGGGGGGAGGGUUAGUGUUGCCACCCCCCUGUUGACAGAGAAGGCCCGUGUGCUCAGUUGUGGAACUCCUGACCCCGGCCUGUGACUCCCCAGCUGGCUGCUGCCCCGGCGACAGAAUCCAGGCAGAGCUCAACCGGGUCUGUCCCAGCAGGCCGUGGGCGAGGCAGCCAACCUUUGUCCUCAAUUACUGUAUGUUUCUGCUCCUGGACUUGAACUCUGCUGUAUCAUAAUUGUUUUUUAAGAGAACAGCUAUACAGGACGAUUUACUGCCCUGCCAAUCAGGUGGGCAUGCCACGUCUGCAAUCUCGAGAGUGGUGCCACCCACCCCGUACCUCUGCCGCCUACCAGGGGCACAGCCAAACAUGUGAGCUCGGCGUCGAUGUGGGGAAGGGGUCGCCAGGCUGGCCUUGUCGUCUCCAGGGCCACAUCUGAGCUGUGGUUGUAAAGCUGUUAAGAUCCUUUUUAAUAAAUAGAGAAUUGUUA